UUCACGUUGAUGUUACGUGAAAAGCCUUAUGGUAUUUUUCCACUAGGGUUUUCCAUGUAGUUUUUAUGUAUUUUGAAAUGUAACUUCAACGGCACUCGAGUGCGCCAUUCGGCGAAAUUUCUACGUGAAUAUUUUAGUAUGAAAAUUGAUGGCGUUCGGUGAAGAACUGCUGCCAGACUUGUGGUCGCAAAAUUUUAUCGAAAAUGUAACAGAUGAUGUCUAGAAGAAGCAUCUUCUUUCUCGAUGGCCAUUGGCAUUCUGGCCGGUGAUAUCACCAGCGGUGACCUGAAGAACCCCUCGAAGGCGAUCCCAGGCGCAAUCUCGGUCAUCAUCCUGACGUCGAUUUCGUCCGUCGGAACGGCAAUUGUGGCCGAUAUUACUGUGGUGAAUGACGCCAUCGGAAAUGUUUCGGACUUGGCCAACGGGUCGUGGAUCUAUGCCGAUUGUGCCCCGGAGAAGUACGAGUACGGAUUACACAACUCGUUCCAGGUCAUGGAGUUGGUAUCUGGUCCAAUCAUCUACGCCGAGUACGCCGAAAAGGGUUUCUCCGCGGUCAGCAGAAUCGGCAAACUUUGACCACAUAUCAUACACAUCAUACAGUGCAGUCAUCAGUUUAUUUCCGGCAAGAGGCACGGCAUUACAAAGUUGUGUACAGUGAAA